AUGGAGGAAAGUUCCGAUCCUCUUGUUUCACCAACCAAAUCUUCGCCUUUGUCCGAUGCUCCCUCCCCUCUACCACGAUUGAAGCCCAAGUCGCACACUCAGGCUGUUCCACGCAAGAAGCGACCAGAGAAGCAAAUUGUUCCUACGGGGGAUGACGAGAGUGAUGACGAGUUGGCUCUUCCACGGCCAUCCAAGAGACCAGAGGUCGUGCUCAAGGAAGCAAAGCAGACUACGAUAACGAAACCAAUGAUUCAUAUAGAAACGGUUGAAAUUGACGACGACAUGUGGGUCGAGUCUGAAACUGGGGGCUAUCGUAUGAAAGAUGGAGAAACUCUGCUCGACGAAGAAGAAGAUAUUCCAUCGGAGGGCCAUGAGGACGUUACGAUCCAUGGUACCGAGAGAAUUGACGACGAGAUGCUGGUUGAGCACGACCUUGGGCAUUUGGAUCCCAUUACGGAAUCUACCGUCGUAUACCUCAAAUCUCACGAUACCAAAGCUGCAAAAGAAGAAUGGACAUAUGAAGGUGAACUUUCGCAGUUUGAGGAUGAACCCCCCUUGGAGCUAAGCGAUGGAGAGUUUGUGCCACACACAUCGGACGACGAGUUGAAUUAUUGGAUAAAGCCAGUAGAAGAUCAACAGGAUAUAGAAGAUGAGAUUCAGGAGCUCUAUCUCAAAGUUCCUAAACUGAAGAACAGCUACGAAAUCGUAGAUCGCCUGGGCACCGGAACGUUUUCCUCUGUCUACAAGGCGAUAGAUCUUCAUUAUCACGACCUGGAAAAUCGGUUUUGGGAGAGUCCAGAGGCCCAGCAGGAUCCUUCGAAACCCGUUUAUGUAGCCAUCAAGCGGAUUCUUGUCACAUCUUCUCCUCGUCGGAUCCUCAACGAAUUAUUGAUCAUGGAGACUUGUCGUGGCUGUCGUCACGUCGCCCAAAUUAUCACUGCAUACCGACGUGAGGACCAGAUUGUCGCGGUUAUGCCUUACCAACGUAGCGUGGAUAUAAAGGAGCUCAUGAGCACUCUAAACAUCAAGCUCGUCCGGGAAUACUUCCGUUGUAUGUUCCGGGCACUGAGGGACAUUCACGCACGAGGAAUUAUACAUCGCGAUCUCAAACCUGCCAACUUUCUCUUCGAUCCUCUUACUAUGACGGGUACAAUGCUCGACUUUGGCCUUGCAGAGGUUUUUGAUUACGAACCGGAUGGUGUUGAAAAAGAGACAGGUUGUUUGCACACUGGCCCAACACCCAAAUACCCACAUGGUCGAUUGAGAGAGGGUCAGAAGCACGUUCUCGCCAUGCGAAAAGCCGUCAAAAUGUCUAUAGCGCGCUCUGAACAGAUGCCUGAGAACGUGGGCUGGCCUACCGACGAUGUCAGACCAGGCCUCAAGGCUAACAGAGCGGGCACACGUGGAUUCAGAGCCCCUGAGGUCCUCUUCAAAUGUAACGCGCAAACCCCUGCCAUUGACAUAUGGUCUGCUGGUACUAUCCUACUUUUCUUCCUGACGCAGAAAUGUCCAAUCUUCUCGGCACCGUCUGAUAUGCACGCCCUAAUGGAACAGGCCCUAAUUAUUGGAAGAGGAGCAAUGGAGCGAUGCGCCGCCAUACACUGUCGUACUUUCUCUACAAACAUUCCCGAGAUCAAAGAUCGCAUACCGUGGUCGAAGUUUGUAACCAAGCUCAAUCCGAAACUGUUCGACUCGCUCCCCGUACGGCUAGAGCCUCCGGAGACGCCAGAAGAGAGGGAACAAGAGGAGAUGAGAAAGCUUGUCGUUGACGCACUCGACCUCUUGGAAAAAUGCCUCGAGCCCUUCUCGUUUAAACGAAUCACCGCAAGAGAUGCGCUCUACCACCCUUUCUUAAAAGCAGACGCACACGAGAUCGCCCAAGCGAGGGCCGCAUAUCCAGAAUAUCCAACCGAGCUGGAGGAUGAUGAAUUCUUCCCCCAUCCUUUCGGUCAAGGAAUCUGCGGCCAGCAUCAUCAGAUAGACUCUAAUGGUGACUGCAAAGUCUUCAUUGGUUUAGACCCAGAAGAUGAAUCGCACUGGAUCCCUGUCGAAGCUGGUGAGGGCCAAGCCAUUGGAUCACAACCAUGCGAGUUUCAUCGCGUCUAUGUCUACUCGUAA